UCCUGUGCGGUUGACUUGACCCGAUCAAAAACAAUCCAUUUCCCAUCUGAACUAAAGGAGAUAUCGCAUCGUGGGCGUUGAUGAGUCUGAAAAAUCUUCACUGGGUUUGGGGCGAAGUGAGAGAGAGAAAUGACUAAGAGAGGCCUAAUCAGUCCCCCGAGAGCCUUUUCUGGACCAAACAAUGCCGCCGCAAAUCCGCCGAUGAGGCCCAAUUACAGGAUGUCACCACCCCCCCGACCCACGACGGUGGUCAAUCCCAGCGAGCAGAUGUUUUACGAGCAUUGGUUAAAAGCCACUUCUAGUUCUAAUGCCAUACGUGCAACCCAUAUCGCUCCGCCAAAUCCUUACGAUCUGCAGAAUCAUCAGAAGAAACUAGACCACAACAACAACAACAAUUCCAGCACCAAAACCACAGCGCCCCCUCCUACUCGCCACCAGAGGCUGCGUAAUGGGGCCACGCUAAUUUCCAACAACACUGCUCCAAGACCAAAAGGACCCACUGCUUCUGGUUCCAGAUCCGAUCCCCUUGACGCCAAUCUGAUCGCUCCAAAAUUUUCUGAUUCUCCAAAUAAUUCUUCUCCCAACCAUUUAUCCAUCCAUGGAUCGGGUCAACGCCAAAAUAUCAGCAACGUCGGUAAUAACGGUGGAACCGCUUAUACUUCACUUGCUCAUCCUCAACUUAACAAUCACUUACACAAACUUUCUAGAGGCGGAAGCGGUGGCAAUGACGCUUAUCCCGAAAUCCCCAUAUACGUAGGUAAAAUUCCUAUAUAUGGUGGUCAAGAUGAUCACAUUGUCCUUCAUUCGAAAUGUUCUUCACAAAGCAAUGUUCCGAGAAUAUUCGAAAUUUACAAGGACAUUGCAUCUCAUCGUCAAGGAAACUCAUCUAUUACAUCUUACUUCACAAGGUUAAAGACAUUGUGGGACGAACUUGAAACCUACAAUGAUCUUUCUCAAUGUUGUUCCUCCGGUGAACAUGUGGAGAGAGAAAAAGUUAUGCAAUUUCUCGUGGGGUUAAAUGAUCCAUAUUCCACUAUCUGCCACCAAAUCCUUCUUAUUCGGCCGUUUCCAACAGUGGAGAAAGCAUAUUCUAUUGUAAUUCGAGAAGAGAAACGGAUGUGGAGCUGAUUUUGUCCUUACAAAUUAUUGCAGCAAAAGUAAUAUAAUGCAGAAUAAGCAGCUUCUUCAUAAUGAUCAGUUACUGCUGGAAAGGUUUAUAGUAAUUAAUGUUGAGGAGCAAAGAAAGUGGAUCAAAAUGAAAGGGAAACCAUGACCACGUCGAAAUUCCAAACUUCUCUAAUGGACCAUUGCUCAUAGACUUUGACAGUGCGAUGUUGAAUAUUUUAGAUUCAAACAAGUUUUAAGGUUACGAUUUUUUUUUUCCUUUCAUGAGAAUUGUUUCUUUUAGUCCUCAUAUGUUCGUUAUUACUCAAUUACAUGAGAAGUGUUUUUCUUAGGAUUUGAGGAAUAA